UCAUAAGUAAAUUGAUAUUGGAUGGAGAUAACAGCUCCAUGAAGCCCACAUUCAGCACCGUUUCUAGUGACUGGGUCAGAAUAAGAAUUGGAAAGAAUGGAUUUGCAGAGGCAUCACACGAUUUUCUUGGUGUAAAACUAAAGACUUCUGUCAUUUCAGUACAUAGUUCAAAGACAACAAGUGUGAAGUUCAGAAUUAUCAACAAACUUCAAUAUGAGCCAUUUUUGGAAGAAAACGAGCGGAGAGUAUCAGAUAUAAUUCAAAUUUAUCCAAAGGAGUUUGUGUUCGAACCUUCUGCCGAACUUAUAUUAAGGCUGCCGAACUGUGUGGCUCCAAAAUCUUGUGGACAACUGGUCUGCCUUUAUUGCAGCAAUGUCUGGGCGAGACAUGGUGUGAAGCAUCUCAAAUGGAAACCCAUUGACUCAUUUUGCUUUCAUGUUAAUGCAGCAAGAACUGAGGCAAGAAUCAUAUGCAGGAAAAGCGGAUUGUUUACGAUAAAAAUGACUCAGCAUCCCCAGUCAACGAAAAAUCUGGAUCCGUACACUGACUGUGAGGUGGAGCUAACGGAAUAUCCAGGAAUUCAGAUCAAGUUCCCCGCUGGCUGUGUGUCCCGUAAGACUCCUGUAACAUUAGAGACAGUUUGCACAGAUGAGUUGUACAGUCUAUCAGCUCCGGCCCCAACUUCCUCUAAGUCACACAGCACGUGGAUUCUCCCUCAGAACUGUGAUCCAAGGCAUCAUGACGAAAGCAAUUUGGUGGAUGUUACAUCCAGCCCGGUUGUUCUCAUUCGCCCGUCAAAGUUUCGUUUCACGAAGCCUAUUCAACUAACCCUACCCUUGUUGGGAGAUGGGUUUGAAGAUUUCUUUUCCAGGGAGAACGCUAGGGUAGCUGUUUUGCAGAGCAAAGUUUUAGAUGAGGAUUUGGUUUUAUGGAAGCACCAUUACAGCACACCCGAGAUUAAAACUGCUGCAAACGGUUUGAAGAUUGCUUCAUUUCUAAUCACAAGAGGAGGACUUUAUAAGCUUGUUCGACGAAUACCUAACAACAACCCACGCUACGUUGAGCAAAUUGCAGGCUGUAUUUCAAGAGAACUCCAUUACUCCGACAACGACAACAACAACUUCGUUACUACAUCGCUUCGAGGCCUUAUGACCGAGAUUGCAGAGCCUGGGAAACAGUUUGUUUUGAGAGUGGCACUCUUUGACAAUGCUCAACCAAGAAAUCCCGACAAUUGCUUCAUUUCUGAGGUCUGCUCGCAGCCGCUGACCUUACCUCUUGGUAAUACUCGAUUCCUUGUGCGCGGGAGCUUUGUACCUGACAUGGAUGCCGCCGACCGUACCGAUGAGCGAAUUGUCAUUUUCACGGGAAAAACGACGUUUGUUGAUUUCUAUUUGAAAUUUAGGCUCAGUGAUCCUACAAAGCUUCCUGAUUUUAUUGGUAAGGUGUCAGUACACGGAGCUGGAGAUAUGCAGUUCUUCAUUAAUCUGCACAAACCAAAACAGAUAGAGGACCUGGAUCCUUUCGAAGAUCGGGCCGGGGCGAGAAUACAAGGAAAAAGAAAAAAAACAAAGCAGCUGCAGAAACGUCAAACUGUGGCAGAAUUCAGAUCUUUAAGAGAGACAACCAUUCAAAAAGAUGACGAGGUUUCUUCUUAAAGCCAAGUCUUAAAGUUUGCCAUUCGUUUCCAACUUUCCCCCAGCCAGAUCUGAACUCUGCAACAUGCACAAAAUCUGCACAAAGUUCAGAAACUCUCCCGGAAAUUUCAGAUCAUCCAAUGAAACCAUUCCAUGCCACUGUUUUUCAAACAGAUGAGUUAGAGCAGGACUGGAAAGAACUCUGAUAACUCGCAUCAGCUCAUAAUAGUCCUUUUCAUGCAUAGGGAGAGGCGGAAUUAAAAUUGAACUUUGCGGAGACCUUCACACGUACUUUUUCUAUAUAAAGAACUUACAAAUGUAUUUAUUUGAAUUUGAGAAUGAUGGCAUCGAGCCGUCGAAACGUCAUUCUUUAAUAUCGAUGGUUUUUAUUCUUAAUUGCUUAUCGAGAACUUUAGUUAUUAGAACUUUGCGGAAAACCUCAAAAUUUGUCCGACAAACUCCGCGGCUUUCGAAUCUGAUACACAUCAACUUUUGGUGGUAUGGUAUGUACCAUGUGAAUCAGUUAACUCGAGCCUGAAAUGGCCCCUCUUCUGCAAUCGAGAAUUCUCGAAGACACCAAUUCACCGUUGCUCUUAAAUGUGCAUAAGUUUUCCAUGAGCGACAUGUUUUGGUACCAUUCAAGUCGGCUUCGG